AUGGCAGCCAUGGCAACCCAAUCCACCCUCUUCACUCCCCCACUCAAACCCACCACCACCUCCCUCUCCACACGGAACCCCAAAUCUCUGUCCUUCACUCCCCUGAAUCUCCCCCUCAGAUCCACCACCUUCAGAACCGCCGCCGCCGAGGGCAGCAGCGCAGCCCCUGUAGAAGCACCACCGGCUCCAGUCGGAUUCACCCCGCCGGAGCUCGACCCGACCACCCCGUCCCCAAUCUUCGGCGGAUCCACCGGCGGGCUCCUGAGGAAAGCCCAGGUCGAAGAAUUCUACGUCAUCACCUGGGAAUCCCCAAAAGAGCAGAUCUUCGAGAUGCCCACUGGCGGAGCCGCGAUCAUGAGGGAAGGCGCGAACCUGCUGAAGCUGGCGAGGAAAGAGCAGUGCCUGGCGCUGGGUACAAGGCUGAGGUCCAAGUACAAGAUCAAGUACCAGUUCUACAGGGUGUUCCCCAAUGGUGAGGUUCAGUAUUUGCAUCCCAAAGAUGGGGUUUACCCGGAGAAGGUGAACCCUGGAAGGGAAGGCGUGGGGCAGAAUUUCAGGUCGAUUGGGAAGAAUGUUAACCCGAUUGAGGUUAAGUUUACUGGGAAGCAGCCUUAUGAUUUGUAA